CAAUAUUUGGAUAUUUCUAUUUUAUUUUUUUUUUUCUUAGUUUCUGCAGAUUCGAUAUGUCGAGGCGAGUGAGCAUAGUUUUGCCAGGUGAUAUGGAGCCGCCACGGCCGCGGACUAGCUCGGCAUCAAGGGUCACUGGCUCGCCUAGAGAUUCCCGUAGGUCAUCUUUGAAGAGCCUUUCAGGAACUCCCAAGAACAGUCCAGCCAAGAAAAACGCUGGGACGAGGGACGCAGAUGAGCCCGAAGACAAUGUUAUAGGGAAAUUGUCCAUGACCGAUCUAUUUCCUGACGGCUGUGAGCGUUACAAAAAGGACUGUUGUUGCUGCCAUUGCAUUGAAGUGCGGCGAGCACUCAGACAGGCCGCAUACCUUCGCUCGCCUGAGGGCAAGAGGCGACUCCAACUGAAGAUGCAAAUGAAGGACUUUCUCCUGGACAUCAGUGCGAUCACAGCCACCAAACAAAGAAUGGACAACUUGCUGCACGGUACCAAGCAGUACCCGCCGCCAGCGACCAGGAGCUUCCCCAUCAGCAUCGUCAAUGUGGCGCCGAUAAGUGGCAACUGCAUGUCCAUUGAGUGGUAUCAGCACGAUGACUCCUACGUGUCCCACUACGAGAUCUACGUAGACGAGGUGCGCGUCAAGCGCAUCUUCGACCCGCAGAUAAAGGCCACCGUCGUGCUCGACGUGGAUAUGAAGCGCACGCACAAGAUACGAAUGAAGGCGGUGCCCAGGAAGUGCCUCGGCUCCAAGGCGAAUCGCGUCGACAAACUGGUGCGAGAUGUUUGCUGCGGCAAGCUCAGCAAGAUUCUCGAGGCGGAUUACUUCUGUGAUUGCGCCAAGAAAUCCGAAAUGGAGAAGGUCAAAGAGAGGUACGCGGAGAAUACAUGCCAAGUGCUGGUAGAUUUCUGGAAGGACAGCGAGUUCCUCUACAUACCCGUGUGCGACUGCGUGGGCGACUGCACAUGUGACUGCAACGGCCAUAAACAUAACGCGUGUUCAUAAGUCAUUAGAGUCGAAUCACUUCAUAUUCUCAUUUGCAUAGGAAACUCUUGCGUUUCAUUGAUUGUCUUAUUCGUGAUGCUUGGAGUCGAUUUUAAAAUUCCAUACGUAAAUCUUUUCAAAUGUCUAAAAAAUUGUGAAAAUUGUAAU